GCAUCUCUAAAUACUGGUUCCUCAAGAUAUCGCUUCGGAACUUAUUAAACCAGAAAACCGAACAUGAAGAGAAAAACAAGCGAGAUUUGGGGCUUUUUCCGGGCCGUGGACGACACGUUUGCGCUCUGCAACAUCUGCAAGGCGAAGCUGUCGUACAAGACGACCACCACAAAUUUGAGUAAGCACAUGAACAGGAUGCAUCCCACGACGGUCCUGCAAAACAACAAGUACAAAAUCCAGGGCCAACGAAGUUUUGCCAUGGACAGGAACAAGGGAAAGCCUCGGAACGCGACGCAGGAGAUGAUUAUCCUGGAGUUCGUCAAGAAGCAUCCGCGGCUGCUGCAGAACCCGACCUGGGAGACCAGGAGUGAUCUGGAGUUACUGUGGGAACAGCUGACCUCCGAUCUCAAUCGCCACGGGCCGCCGCGAAAGGAUGUGGCCACCUGGAAAAGGGCCCUAAAGGACUGGAAGAGGUUCAUCCUGAAGAAGGUGGAGAAGAAUGAGUUGCACAACGUACCCUUCGGCACCAGUCUCAGUUCGUCGGAGGAGACAAUAGCCACCUUGUGCCGCCUAAACGAGGAUGUUAGUCAAAUAAUCAUGAAGGUUUCCGACGAUGAAAUGCACGAUAAUUCCACCAACGAGUUCGACGUGGACGAUGUGGAAGACGUGGUCCCCGAAGACGAUUGUGCCGCUCUUCAGACCUCCGCCGAGUACGUUUACGAACCGGAGGAGAGCAAAGUGGACAUAGACCCCCUUUAUCUGCAGUCGAGCAAGAGGGCGGCAUUGGCCAGCAGUCGGGUCACGGAGGAGGAUGCGACGUUGCUGGAGAAGAUCAGCAAUAACAUUGGCAUGGUCCACGACGCAGCCAGCAGCGCUCAUCUCGCUCUCAAUGAGUUUUUCGUCCUGUACAAACAGAAGCUGUACGAGGACAAGCGUCACCACCUCGCCAUAGAGCAACUGAUGGCCGAGAAAAUAGAAAUAAAGAAGAAACUCCUGGAAAUCGAACAACGAAAGUUGUCGCUGAAAUGACGGGACUCACUUACUUACGCAAUAAAGUAAUAACAAAGGUAGUUUUAAUAACCUUAUCAUUAAAUAAACUAAGUAUUUCAUUAAAA